CAACAUUUUAAGCACUUCAUCCACUGUGCACUUCUAGAUUACUUCAACCAAAUAAAAUUUUCAAACAAUAUAAAAUAAUUAAAAUAAAUAUUAUAAAAUGGUUGAUUACAGCAAAUGGAAGGAAAUAGAAAUUUCCGAUGACGAAGAUGACACACACCCUAAUAUCGAUACACCAUCUCUAUUUCGAUGGAGACAUCAAGCGCGUAUGGAACGAAUGGAGCAAGCGGAAAACGAAAAAAAAGCAUUUGAAAUUAAAAAAAAAAUGCAUGAAAGUAAAGUUUUAGAAGUCAAAGAAAAAUUAAAAAAAGAAAAAACUGAACAACUUCAAAAAGAGUUGGAAGCUUUGGAGUUAGCUGGAAAGGCCAUUGCUAAGGAAGAAGAUGAUAUGAAAAAGAAAGAAAAAAAAACACCUUGGAAUGUUGAUACAAUUAGUAAACCAGGUUUUCAAAAAACUGUUAUUAACAAAAAACCUGAGAAAAAAGAUGAAAGUCAAAUGUCUGAAGAAGAACGGGAAAGAAAUAUGAAAACGUUUAUUAAACAAAAUGAGAAAAUGGUGGAACGGUAUGGAAUGCUUAGAAAGUACGACGAUUCAAAAAAAUUCUUGUUAGAACAUCACAAUUUAGUAUGUGACGACACAGCAAACUAUUUAGUUAUUUGGUGUAUAAAUUUAGAAAUGGAAGAAAAACACGAGUUAAUGGCCCAUGUUGCGCAUCAAUGCAUAUGUAUGCAAUACAUUUUAGAACUAGGUAAACAGCUUGAUAUUGAUCCCAGAGCAUGUGUAGGUUCAUUUUUUGAUAAAAUUCAAAAUUGCGUACCUGAGUAUCGUGAGCAAUUCGAAAAAGAAAUCGAAGACUUUAAAAAACGUAUACAAAAUAGAGCUAAAGAGAAAAUCGAAGAAGCUAUCAAAGAACAAGAAGAAGAAGAUAGGGAAGCUAGAUUAGGCCCAGGUGGAUUAGAUCCUGUAGAAGUUUUGGAGAGUCUUCCAAAGGAACUUCAAGCUUGUUUUGAAAGUCGUGAUAUAAAAUUACUUCAAGAAACUAUUGCCAAAAUGCCAGAGCAAGAAGCUGUAUACCACAUGAAGCGUUGUGUUGAUUCUGGACUAUGGAUUCCGGAAGGUGGAUUAAAAGAAAAUCAAGAUAGCAAUAAAAAUGAUAAUGAAGAUAAGGGAGAAGAGAAAGAAACAAAUGAUAAAUGAAUAAGGGAUGCCAUUUUUUUGUCUUAAUAGGAGCUCAUAUUAUUUUAAUCGAUUGAAACUGACUGUAUUCCAAAAAUAAAAAAAAACUUGCAUAAGUAUAUUAAAUUCCUGUAUUUAAAAUUAUUAAUAAAUUUUUUAUGCGUUUUUCAACCUGCAUCAGAAUAUAAGAGUUAAAAAAAAACAAUAAAGAACACAGUGUAAAUAAAUACUCGAUUUUGCGGAAUUA